UGUUAACGCUAUCGCCUAAGUAUGAGUCACGAUCGUUCUACUUUAUCUCGUCUUCUAUGUAACCUCUUUGACUUCACAUACACCUUUAAAACUUACCGUCGACAUGAGAUUAUCUAUUAGCAUACAGCACUAGGGAUAAAGUCGGAUUCAAACAAUACCACCACAGCAACCGGUUUCAAGACUCUUCUUUGCGCUUACCAUGCCGAGCUAUAAGCUAUCCUACUUUGACGUCAGGGGCCGUGGGGAGCUGAGCCGCUACCUCUUCCUGGCGGCCGGAAGGGACUUCAAGGAACACCGGAUACCGCGGGCUGAGUGGCCAAAUGUCAAACAAACGCUAGUGUACGGACAGGUUCCGGUACUGGAGGUGGACGGGAAGCAGCUCGCGCAGAGCAAUGCCAUCGCACGAUUCCUCGCCAGAGAGUUUGGUCUGGCUGGUAAGAAUAGCUGGGAAGAAGCCUUGUGUGACCAGACACUGGAACUUAUCAGCGACCUCAGACAGGAAUUUGUUAAGUACUUCUUCGAAAAGGACGAGGAGAAAAAGAAAGAGGCGGGCAAGAAUUUAAAUGACGUAGUUUAUCCUAAAUUCUUUGGAUACUUUGAAAAACAGCUGGAUAAUAACGGUGGCAAAUAUUUAGUAGGAAGCGAGUUAACCGUAGCUGAUUUGGCCGUUUAUGCUGUGAUUGACACCGCCGUACAAAACACCGAAAAUUUAUUGGAUAAGCACGUGAAAUUGCGAGCCCACCGAGACAUGGUAGGCGCCAUACCGAAGAUACAGGAAUACGUCAGCAAUAGAAAGAAGACUGAUAUCUAGACUGAAAUGACCAUAGUUACUGAACACUAAAGAUUAUAGAAACUUAAUUUAAGAAACUACGAUUCAUUUUUAUCGUAAAUUAACAAUUUAACACCGUGACUUUGACUUACUGUAAGACAUUUAGAGAAUAACACACGGCAGAGCUAGGCCCGAACUUUAUCAUCGACCCGCUGCCGACAUUACGCGGCUAGGGCCGUUUUAAGACGUCCGGCCCAGCUCUUCCGUGUGUUAUCGUUUAUAUAACAUAUCAUACUACUUUUUUCCUUCAGUAAAAUCAAUUACAGAAACUGCUUUCCGUACUUUUAUUUUCAUUCCAUUGAUUACGCAAUAUAGGACGUAUCUCGUGUGACGUAAUUUCUGUGACGAAACUAUGUUUUUUUUAUUUAACUAUUAUUGCAUAAACUCUAUCUAUAAUACUCUCUGGCGGGGUGCAGAAAUUUGGCAAUAGGAGGGCUUGAACGGGAGAAAUCGUGUAUUAACAAGGCGAUCCACGUGCCAUUCAAGCCCUGUUGUGUGUUUUUGAUAUCCAUAAACUGGUCCACGCGCAGUUACUUCCCAUUUUUCAUUUGAUUCAAUGAAGUUAUUAUGAACUUUGUUAAUAACUCCAGUCUUUGACGACUUUCCAAGCAUAAAUGGGGAACUUAAUAAGCACCAGUUUCCUUAUGCAUGCAGGGAUAAAGGCGAUGAAUAUUUCAAUCCACUUUUCAAAUAAUACCAUCUGCACUCUCUUGACAACAGCUUUAUUUAUUGGCAACGUCAAUGAAGUUGAGGUUAUUUACUCAACACUUUCAAAAUACUAUGCUGUAAAUGUAAGUGUUUAUGUGUACCUUCAACGUUCCUGCUGUAUGCCUGAGAUACUUCAGUGACAAUAUGUUGGCAGUAGAUCUAUUCAUUUUUAGAAAAUUUAGUUGGAACGAAAUAAGAUAGACCUGUACGAAAGAAACAUCUAUGAAAACAAUGACUUAUUCUGACGAUAUGUUUAUCCGUCACAACCAGUAAAUUUCAAAAUAAUU